AUGAAAGUGCUGGACCGAGUCUUGAGCCCACAAACCGCAACAAGGACGAAUUUUGCCGACAAGUCCGUGGAGCUUCUGAUCAAACUGAAUCUCAGGGUGUUGAGGAGAUCGUUCUUGGGCCUGUGUGAAGCAUUGUCCUCCUCGCGAGAGAGGCAAGUUGCAUGCUUGCAGAGCUGGGAAAGAGCCGAUCUACUCGUCUCCUCGUCGAGGAGGAUCAGUUCUGACUGCCUGAAGGGUUGGGUUUCUUAUACUACAGAGUCGCUGAGUCAGCAUCAAUCCUCGCCUGUCGGCGAGAUAAACAAUCAGCAAGAGGUAGAGGAGGAGGAAGAGCGAGAAAGAGCACUUGGAAGCAACGAUAAAGAGGAAGAGGAAGAGAAUCUGCAAGAGGAAGAACACCAAAGAGAAGAGAAGCAGGCAGAGCCAGAGCAAGUGCAAGGCCAAGAGCAAGAGCAAGAGCGAGAGCAAGAUAUAGGCGAGAGAGAACAAGUUGAUACGGAAGCAGAAUCUAGGAGGAAGGAGGGCGAACGGGCGGAGACAUUGAGGCUACAUCUCAACAAGCAGAUCGAAGUCAAGGCAAUGCCGAUGUCAUCAGACGAUGAAGAAGAGGACCAGCGAACAGAGGACGAGGCGCCGACGAAGCUGCCAUGGGAGGAAAACUCCCUCGUCCUGUCAAACUUCUCUCGCCAUACUCAAGAGGCCCAGGACCUGGGCAAAGCCAACCGAGGCCGAGUGGAGGAGACGAAGAAAAGUUUCAGCUUGGACCGCAGCUUCACUUCAGAGAAGUUUGACGUGCUUCACACGCAGGAGCAGCAGCAGCAGCAGCAGCAGCAGCUGAUGCAGGAGGAAAGCAAGUGGGAGCAAGGCAAGAAGUCGGUGAAGGAGAUGCGGGCGGAGUUCGAGAGGAUGAGUCUUUCUCCUGAGGUCCUGCGCAUUCGCCACGAGACGCCGAGCCCUCUGAAUACCUCCCUUCCUCGUCCUGCCUUCCUGGACAAGCUCUUUCCGCAGCCCCUCCAACAGCAGCUGCCGGACAGACCGCAGAGCAUGCUCGAGAUGGCGAGCGGGCUCUGGAGUGAGGAGGAGAAGGGCAGGGAGCCAGGAGUAGGACGCGGAGUUGGAGGUAGCUGGUCGAGUCUUCCGACUGCUUCCACUGCUUCCUUCCAAACGCAGUUCGGGCAGACGCCGAGCCCUGUGUUGAACCUGUUCGGGCGAGGAGGGAGAAGUGCGUCUGUGGAGACUCAGAUAAGGGAGAUUGAGGAGAAGCAGCGCAAGAAUGUGAGGAUAGAUCUGAACAACAACCAGUUCCGCACAUUCUACCCGGAAGAGGCAGCUGAACAGAAGGAGGAGACAGGGGGGGAGAAGUGGAAGCCUAAGAGGCACACGAACGUGAUCCCGCGGAUGAUGGGGGAAGGGGAGGAGGAGGAGGGGGAGGAGCGAGGGAGACGAGAAGAGGAUGAUGCAGGAAAUAGCAACGGAAAUGUGGAGCGAGAGCAGGAGCAGGAGCAGGAGCAGGAGCAGGAGCAGGAGCAGGAGCAGGAGCAGGAGCAGGAGCAGGAGGUGGGAAAUGCAAGCAUCGAGGACUUAUGGAAUGACCUUGUCGCAUCGUCGCCGGCGCAGGGACCUGUGAAGAUGAAUGGAGUCAAGGAAAAGAGAGAGAAGGAGGACGAGGACGAUGUUGCUGAUGGCUAUCAUGACGGCAAGACUGACAUCUCGAAAGAGACAGUUCAGGAGGAAGAGCAGGAGGAAGAGCAGGAGCAGGAGCAGGAGCAGGACUUCAGCGAUCAAGCUCGUGGCAAUGAGACUCCUCAAGGAGGAUCCAUGAGUGAAGUCAAGCGCCACCGUCGCACGACUGUUGACCACGUCGAUGAGCGAGCAGGAGGCGAGGAUAUCCGAAUCCCCCGUGAGAGCGACGAGGCUCUCCAUGCAGCGACAGACUUGGCAAGGGUGGGGAAGCUGUUGCACGAUCAAGGACGCGAGGAGGAGCAAGAGAAGGAGGAGCAAGAGAAAGAGGAGGAGGAGGAGGAGGAGGAGGAGGAGAAAGAGGAACAACAGAAGGAGGGAGGGAGGAGCCAUGACGGAGGACAGGGUCGUGAUCAGUAUCGCAGCCUCCAGACUCCCACAUCCCCGCCGGACCCUCAUCACCUCAAGGACCACAUGGGCAUCGACCCCCUCCUGCCCAUCAUGUGGAGCCCCAGCAGGGCCUGGGGAGACCCGGACUUUGCUCUAAGCAAGGUGGAGGAGCAGGUAGUCGGGGAGGAGGGAGAAGGGAGGAGCGCAGACAGCUACUUGAUCACGAUGCGCAAGCUCUGGUCCUCUGUUGCGGAAGAGGAGCAAGAGAUUGAGGCUGAGGACGCGAGCUCUGCGCUGUGCACGGAGAGGUCCCUGCCUGAGAUGCUGACGGAGAGGGGGAUGGAGAGAGGGAAGAUGCUGAAGGAGGGGGAAACACCUGUCAAGCGCGGGAUGAAGGAGAUUGAGGAGGAGGAGGAAGAGGAGUACAGGAUGGUGGAGACUGUGCAGUUGUUUGCUGUUCAAACGCCAAAUCAGAUGAUGAUGGAGAUGGUGGUGGUGGUGGUGCAAUCAACAGUGAAGAGCAAGUUAGUGUCGGUUGUGAUGGAGUUUCGGUGGAAGAAGAAAGGAGCAGAAUCUGAACAGACCAAAGGAAAGAGCAGCAGCAGCAGCAGCAGCAGCAGCUUCUUGCUGGAUAUCUCUGUCAAGAACGCUUCCAACUUCAUGUUCAACAAGAACGCUGCUGCUGCUAGCGCCUCCUUCUACAUCAUCAUAUCCGCGGGCCAAAAAGGAGCCAGGAAGACUGGUUUAUGCAGGAACACUGGACCCAUCCUGAGCUGGUCAGGCGAGCCAGCGAUGUCGUUUGGUUGCCUCGAAAAAGAACAAGUCUUGCAAGUUGUGAUGGUUCAAGGAGAAGGAAGUCCGAAAGACCAACUGAUAGCUUCUGCUGUCAUACACGGGUCGCUUCCGCGAUGGUUGUCAGACUGGGUCUUUAGCCCCUAUUCUAAAACGAGGGAGUACUCUCAUUUGAUUCCUGCGCAGAACAUGUUGAGCGCAAAUUGCAUGCGGCAGGAGGGAGACCGUCUGAGGUCCAUAACCUCAGGCCUUUGGACCUUGGCCUGA